AUGCCAUGGAGCGAUGGAGCCUGUGACCCAAGUUCCAACAGCAAGCUGCGGCACCGAUCCGUCAUAAGCCGGUGCUGGGCCCUCCCUCCUCACCACCUCCACGUUCCCGCUCAGCCCCUGGAGACGGGCGUGACCGAAUCUGUCUGUUGGUCAGAGGUUGGCGCUAGCAGUCAGGUCGGAUGCUGCUGCUCCAUCGAUCAGAUCGCCCUUUGCUGUCUUCUCUCUCACCUCUUCUGCUCCUGUUUUCUUGCAGACACCCGGCAACAAACGGUCGCGACCGACACGCAGGACAGACACCAUACCACCCAGCUAACGUCUAACAGCCUUUUGACUUUGGCGCUUCGUCGACUGCAAUCUUCAGCCGCCGGCCCUAAAGAGGCUCGCUCUCUUUCCUUUCUGGACCUGGUCUGCUUUCUUCUCUUUUCGCAAACAUCCGUCGACACCACAGCCAGGGCAAGACAGCCAAAGUCGCACACGCAACAACCGCACCAUCGACGCAGCCAAUCUUCUGCUGCCGCAAACACCACCAUUUCCAUCUUCUUUGUCCUCCCCUUCCCGUUCUGCCCCGCGCUGGGCCGUGCCGUACCGUGCAGGUACUGUUUCUGUACCCCCUCCGUCACCCAAGAGACGCCUUGUCCUUUGUUGCUGUUCGAGACCCAGCCAGACCUCUAA